CUCGCGACAGUUAAAGGUAAAGAAUAGUAGUGAAUGUCGUAUGCCGAUCAAGAAGAAAUGUCAUAAAUAUCUGCACUUUGAAUAAAAUAUGGCUACUGUUUUCGAAAGUCCUUUCCUUUCAAACAGACUUCGUCAAAUAGAAGAGCGAUACGAAGAACCCACUACGUUUGGAAGGUGUGACUGCACUAGCUACAGUUACCUUGCAUUGAGCAUUGUACUGUUUACAAUUGGCACUGCAAUUACCAUUUUAGCCUUGGGAGAUGUCGUCGAUGAUCAUUUAUUUUCGCAUCUUGGACACAUGUGGCUAGUUGGACCCAUUUUCAUAUGUUCUGGCCUCAUGGUCGCUGUUAAGUGUAUGCUUUAUCUCAGAAGAAAAUCAGUCAUACAAAUGAUUUUCCAUCAACGUCAGCUUUUCAGGCGCCUACAGGAGUUCAGCGGCGGCCAGGCGAUGAGCUCAUCGGGCACCGGGACACCUGGGCCACCCCCUUACGAAGUCAUCGCUCAAAGUCAAGGCCCGAGCGAAUUGCCACCUCCCACCUACGCCGAGGCCGUAGCACUCCUUCAGCAGAGCGGCUUCCAAGAUGCCAAGCCGUGUGGAACCGUAGAUACUGGCGAUAACGCGGCAACGACUAAGCCAUGAUUCACCCUGGCUCGAGCGACGACACGCCAACAACGACAACGACAACGACAAC